GAUCAAUCCUCUUCAAAACACACACAACUCAAGGCUUAACUGACACAAAUUCAAAACAACCAAGAUGUCUGCAGGCAAAGGCGUAGCUAUCGGCAUUGACCUGGGUACCACCUACUCCUGUGUGGGGGUUUUCCAGCACGGAAAAGUAGAAAUCAUCGCCAAUGACCAGGGCAACAGGACCACCCCCAGCUAUGUGGCGUUCACGGACACCGAGAGGCUGAUCGGGGAUGCAGCCAAGAACCAGGUGGCUUUGAACCCCAGCAACACUGUGUUUGAUGCCAAGCGACUGAUUGGAAGAAAGUUUGAUGAGCCAGUGGUGCAGGCGGACAUGAAGCACUGGCCCUUCAAGGUGGUGGGAGAUGGAGGGAAGCCCAAAAUUCAAGUGGAAUACAAAGGGGAGAACAAAACCUUCUUCCCUGAGGAGGUCUCCUCCAUGGUCCUGGUGAAGAUGAAGGAGAUUGCUGAGGCCUACCUCGGCCAAACGGUGUCCAAUGCAGUCAUUACAGUCCCAGCAUACUUCAACGACUCACAGCGUCAGGCCACUAAAGACGCAGGCGUCAUCGCAGGACUGAACGUCCUGAGGAUCAUCAACGAGCCCACAGCAGCUGCCAUUGCAUAUGGUCUGGACAAAGGCAAGUCAGCAGAACGUAACGUCCUGAUCUUUGACCUGGGUGGAGGCACCUUUGAUGUGUCCAUCCUGACAAUUGAAGAUGGUAUCUUUGAGGUCAAAGCCACAGCUGGAGACACUCACCUGGGUGGAGAAGACUUUGACAACCGCAUGGUCAACCAUUUUGUAGAGGAGUUCAAGAGGAAACACAAGAAGGACAUCAGUCAUAACAAGAGAGCAUUGAGGAGGCUGCGCACAGCUUGUGAGAGGGCCAAGAGAACCCUGUCCUCUAGCUCCCAGGCCAGCAUUGAGAUCGACUCUCUGUUUGAAGGUAUUGACUUCUACACCUCCAUCACCAGGGCUCGUUUUGAGGAGCUGUGCUCUGACCUGUUCAGGGGAACAUUAGAGCCAGUGGAGAAAGCCCUGAGGGAUGCCAAAAUGGACAAAGGACAGAUCCAUGACAUCGUUCUGGUUGGAGGCUCCACCCGAAUCCCCAAAAUCCAGAAACUCCUGCAGGAUUUCUUCAAUGGCAGGGAGCUGAACAAGAGCAUCAACCCAGAUGAGGCGGUGGCUUAUGGUGCCGCCGUCCAGGCCGCCAUUCUCUCAGGUGAUACCUCAGGCAACGUUCAGGACCUGUUGCUGCUGGAUGUGGCACCUCUGUCCCUGGGUAUUGAGACAGCUGGAGGAGUCAUGACAUCCCUGAUUAAACGUAACACCACCAUCCCCACUAAACAAACCCAGACUUUCACCACCUACUCUGACAACCAGCCCGGGGUCCUCAUCCAGGUCUACGAAGGGGAGAGAGCCAUGACCAAAGACAACAAUCUGCUGGGCAAGUUUGAGCUGACAGGACUCCCACCUGCUCCUCGAGGGGUCCCACAGAUCGAGGUCACCUUUGACAUCGAUGCCAACGGCAUUUUGAACGUGUCAGCAGUGGACAAAAGCACCGGCAAAGAGAACAAGAUCACCAUCACCAACGACAAGGGCCGACUGAGCAAAGAAGAGAUCGAGAGGAUGGUGCAGGAUGGUGAGAAAUACAAGGCUGAGGAUGAGCUUCAGAGGGACAAAAUCGCUGCGAAGAACUCGCUGGAGUCCUACGCCUUCAACAUGAAGAGCAGUGUGCAGGACGAGAACAUAAAGGGCAAAAUCAGCGAGGAGGACCAGAAGAAGGUGAUUGAGAAGUGUGACGAGACCAUCAGCUGGCUGGAGAACAACCAGCUGGCUGAUAAAGAGGAGUACCAACACCAGCAGAAAGAGCUGGAGAAAGUGUGUAACCCCGUCAUCAGCAAGUUGUAUCAGGGAGGAAUGCCUGCAGGCAGCUGUGGACAGCAGGCACGAGCUGGCUCCCAGGGGCCCACCAUUGAGGAAGUGGACUAAAGUGGCCUUUAAUAUGGACUCUAUGAUCACUGGAACUGUUUUAAAUACAACUGUAACUAUAUGCUUUAUGUUCACAAGUUUGGGCUUUAUUUUAUAUGAUAUAAGAUCCUAAAUGUUUAUAUAUUUUCAAUGUAAGUAUAUACAUUUAAUCUCUGCAUUAUGAAACAACAAUUCAACAGCACUUUUAUACUAAUAUGUUUUUGUCCAUAUCAUAUUUGCAAUGUUGUAAAGAUCCUGAAAUUGUAAAUAUAUUUUCCUAGAUGUUGCAAUAAAAAUAUAAACCUUACAAUUUUAUUUUACUGUUUUUCAAUCUAAUACAUACUUAGAUGUUACAAACUUCCAGAGACUUCAUGUAUUCAUGUAAAUUUAAUAGUCUUUCAGUUGAAGUAAUAAAGACACAGAAUCAUGAGGAAAA